GAAUUUUUCCAUCAUGUUCCCGGGCGAGGCCCGGCAGAAAAGCGUCCCGCUCACGCGGGCCACCGAGGACAGCGACGAAGAAGAUCACCAGUGGCCGCCGCCUGCUGCUCGGGACGUUCCCGACAUCGACAAGAAGCAGCAGCAGCAGCAUCAGCAGCGGUGCCUGCGGACCAGCCACCUCGUUUCCUUUGCUCUAGGGGUUCUUUUGGGCCCGAUGAUACUAUUCGUAGCUGGGAUCCCUGGGUACAAAACGGCAUCGAGCCUGCCCUGCUCUUCCGACGCAAGAUCCUACUCGCCAAUCUUGGGUGGCAAAAGCAUGUCGUACUUCACCGUCGCCUUUAACGGAUCUUUCAUGAAGGAAACCAUUUACCGCCGUCCUCCCGCUGCAGAUGUGGAUGAGGCAUGGGAGAAGCUGGGGGUUGACUACAGGCCCAGCGUUAUACCCGAGUCGGAAGCGCUGGCGAGUGGUCUGGGGAAGCAUCACGUCAAACGCGCCAAGGAGUACGGGGGAGGCUACUUUGUCCAGGUGGAGGGGCUACACCAUCUUCACUGCUUGAACCUCGUUCGGAAAUCGCUGUACUUCAAUCAAAAGUACUACAAAGCAGUCGGAGAUUCGGCAUUUGGUUCGGACGAGCAGAUAAACCGCUACCAUAUCACGCAUUGCCUUGACACCCUUCGGCAGGUUUUAAUGUGCAAUGUAGAUACGGGUGUGCUGGGGCAGGUGUGGACGCUUCAACCCGAGGCCACUGUUGUACAGGCAUUCCCUGACUUCAAUACGCUUCAUAAAUGCAAGGACUAUGAAGCUGUACGUAAAUGGGGAGAGGAGCACCAGGUGGCACCCAACGGGCAGCUUCCGGAGGGUUUUAUUGCCGAGCCCAAGGAAGGAGACGUAAUUCGAUUCAUUCCCUAAAUUUAUUUAUCGAAAGCGCAGUAUUCCGGUGUUCAGCAGAUAGCUAGAUAGAAAACAAGUUUUACAUCCA